GAACUAAAAUUAGGUUAAAAUUACUUAAAGAAAACACUCAUCACUCCAAAAUCUUCAAUCCGCUUAAUCAAAACAUAACACACAAAUAAUAUUAGCCUCAAAGGAUGGGAUGGAUUGGAGAUCAAAUCGAUUCUAUCAAAUCAAUGCAAUUCAGACAAUUAUUCACUCAAGCCAUUAGUCUUGGUAUGAUUGUUACAUCUGCAUUAAUCAUAUGGAAAGGGCUAAUGUGUGUUACUGGUAGCGAGUCGCCCGUCGUUGUUGUGUUAUCUGGAAGUAUGGAACCUGGUUUUAAAAGGGGUGAUAUACUUUUUUUACAUAUGAGUAAGGAGCCGAUUCGAGCUGGAGAAAUUGUGGUGUUCAAUGUUGAUGGGCGGGAAAUUCCAAUUGUUCAUCGAGUGAUUAAGGUUCAUGAGCAUGAAGAUGGAGAAGUUGAUGUCCUUACAAAAGGUGACAACAAUUUUGGAGAUGACAGACUUUUAUAUGCUCAUGGCCAGAUGUGGUUGCAACGGCAUCAUAUUAUGGGGAGAGCUGUCGGGUUUUUGCCUUACGUUGGAUGGGUGACAAUUAUAAUGACGGAACAGCCCAUCAUCAAGUAUAUUCUAAUUGGUGCUCUGGGAUUGCUAGUAAUAACUUCAAAAGAAUAAAAGAAGCAUAUUUAUAACAGAAAAUUUUAUUUAAUCAAAGUAGAACAAUUUUCAUGUUGUGUCAUUAAACUUGUGGACAAGUUCAAUAUAAACUUAGUUUCUGUUGUGUGUAA